AUGAAUGUUACAGAAGUCGUUGAGAAACUUUUCCAACUUCACAUUCAAUUCAUAAAUAACCUGAGGACCAGCAAAUCAAACAAAAUCAUCAUCGAAGAAAACGUUGAACAAAAUUACUUGACUUUCGCCGAGCCUGGGAGUUUGAAAGGAGAAAAAAUAUUAUCCCUUAUUAAAUGUCUAGUCAGGUGUCAACCCGUACCCCCGUGCAAGACCGAAACUCUGGCUGAUACAUAUUCGCACAUCAAGGUUCCUUUCGAUGUGUUAACGCAGGACAAAAACUUAACAACUCUCUGCAAGUCUAUACAAAGUGAUCAGGUGAGAUUGUUGUGGCUUCGAAAAAACGAAGAAGAUUUCAGUUCACCUGGCAUUUUAUCGGUUCGCACUCCGACGACGUUUUACGUGGCUCCUUUCCCGGAUGACGAAAGGUCGCCGGCCGGACCUAUCAGACGCGAAACAUCACGACCCUGGAGGCUGAGGAAGCAUUCUAUUCAUAAAAACAUUAAAAAAAAGGAAUAUUUAAAAAUGUGCCAGCAGUCACCUGUUCAUUUUAUUGAUGACAACAAAGAAAACAAGUCUAAGAAAAAAGAAUCUUCAAAAUAUCUAAAAGAAAAAAUUAAAAUAUUCAAGUUGAACGUUUCUGCUUCGGAAGACAGUUUGGUCAGAAAAUGUGAAUCAUGUGAAAUUGCCCACACGAAUACAAGCGUUGAACUGAUUGCAAAUCGAGAGCCCCAUCAUUAUUUGGACUAUAAAUGUCGCUUUUUCGAAGAUGUCUCGCCAACAAAUUCAAGCCAAAAAGAUGACUUACCUUUUAAUAAUGAUUAUGAAAAUAAAACGACCGCUUUCAGUUUAAUUUUGCAGAAAAAUAACCAACAACAGGCUAACUAUUUGCUGAACGAAGAGGAGAAAAGUGCAGUGGAGCAGAGCAACGCGUUGCUGUCUUAUUCUGCUGGCGGGGAAAAAAUGACGCGUGCCCGAUGCAGCACUCCAGCUGGCGCGAAAUCCUGCAACAGUCAGGAAUAUUAUUCCACAAAAGUUCAACCGUUGCCUUAUUUAAUAUUGUGUCCUCCAAAACCACGACCCCACCCUAUCAUAAUUCACCCAACGCCGUGGAUGGUUCAAAAUAAUGCUCAAACAUUCAUCACACCACUGUUAUCGACGCCUAUGUUCUUUCCAAGUUAUCGAGCAAUACCUAAUCAAAUAAAUGUAUCAGAUCAAAAUUCUUCCAAAUGUAUGCAAUCAAUCAAUACGAACUUGCGAUGUUUACCUAAUUUAUCAACAAAAUUUGAAAAAAUAGUAUCGAAGGCUGACCUUUCAACAAACGACCGCCGCGCAUGUUUGAACAAAUCUGAAAAUUUUUUUGCUGCAAAAUCGUUGCAAUCGCAACUCACGUAUUUAACAAAUUCUUCCUUUGUUUCAUCUCAAUUGGAUAUCAAGAGACUAUCUAAAAAAUUUGAUCAAAGUACUCAAACUGAACAAACUGAUAAGCAGAGCUGCCCCAACCAUUUGCCGAGUCUUCAUGUGCAACAUAUUGGCAAACAAGAUAUCAACGAUCUUACAGUAUCAUUAUCCAACGCCCAACAAACUUUCAUGAUGAAUCAUUAUAAAUUGAGCCAAACAAAAAUGUCUGACAUCAAAUUUUCACUUUUACAAAUGAGUAGAAGCACUUCGACUUUUGCUUUUCCGUUAAAUUCGUUAGGAGGAUCAACUCAAAUUAAAAAUUAUGGGGUAAACUGUUUUCCAAUUGUUCAAUUUUCUUCAGUUAACAAUAAUGUUUAA